AUGGCCGAGGACGAGAAGCAGACAGCCGCCGCCAAACAGCGGAUCAUCACGCACAUGAAUUCAGACCAUCAAGACUCUCUCGCGAUGUUCCUGCAGGUCUACAACCGCCUCAACGCCUCGACAGCUAAAUCCGCCCAGCUCGAAGAUGUCAGUCUCUCCGACAUGGUGAUCAAAGCCGGCGACGGCGCGCAAUACACCAUCCCCAUCGAACCGCCGAUGAAGUCCCUCCUCGACGCACGCCACCGCUUCGUCGACAUGCAUGACUACUGUCUGAGCAGUCUGGGCAUCUCCGAUAUCAAAGUCGAGCAAUACAGCGCUCCUCGUGGCCAUCAUACUGUGAUCUUCGCUCUCUGCCUCGCUACAUACGUGUCCUUCUCGCGGCGCGAGAACUUCCUACCGGGUUCGCUGCUCUACGAUCUGGUGUUUAAGCAUUUCCCGCGUUUUACGCUGUUCUGCUACGAUAUACAACCGCUUCUUAUCUCGUUGAUGGUGGCGAUCCAUGCGUGCGAGGCGACUUACAUGGCGCUCUAUCGAUUGAGGCCGUAUCGCGUACCCUUCCUGUCGGGGUUGUGGUGGACAUGGAUGACGUCCUGCUUUAUUGAAGGUUUUGGAUCGUUUCAGAGGUUUGACGCGAUCGUGAGAAAGGAGAAGGCCAAGAAGCAGCAGCAGAAGCCCAAUCUGUCGGGCAAACCAUAG